AGCACUGGUUACCAUGGCAGCGCAGCUGAUUCAGGAUGAUUUAACAUUGACCAGGAGAGUUGGAGAAAGUGUCUCCUUCAGCUGUGGAGAUGAUGAAUGUGACUAUACUGGUUUGAUCUGGUACCAGAAGAAAGACACUGAACCAUUUAGGCUAGUCCUUUUCGUGGAUACUGAUGAUGGUAGAGUUGAGUCAAGUUCUAAUCAUUCCCAGAAAGAUGAUUUUUCAGUUGAGAUUAAACAGAACAGAUACCGGUUGAAGAUAGAGAAAGUUAAACUUGAGCAUUCGGCCACUUAUUACUGUGCCUGUUGGAAGGAUGCACCCCACAGUGAGAAAUCUCUAACCACAUCAUCAAGUUCGCUGACUGGACUGAAUGUGGACAAAACCAAGGAGAUGAUUGUCGACUUCAGGAAGACUCGCUCCACCCAUGCACAACUCAGCAUCCACGGUUCCACGGUAGAGACUGUUAACAUCAACAUCAAGUUCCUGGGAGUUCACAUCUCAGACGACCUCACCUGGACCAUCAACACCGCCUCCAUCACCAAAAAGGACAUCUUCCACAAGCGCUACAUCAGCAUGACCUUCAGCAUCGUGCUUGACCCCUCACACCCCUCACAUGGACUUUUCUCCCUCCUCCCAUCCGUGUGUCUCACUGUGGAAGGAGGCUAUGAUUACGACAUCUUCGGCUCUGGAACUAAACUGUAUGUAACAGAUGAGCAGGUAGUGAAGCCCGUGGUGAGCGUGUACCCAGCAGCAUCCAGAGCCCACCUGGAGGGGAACAGCUCCCUGCUGUGUGUGGCCUCAGCCAUGUUUCCUCCUCUGGUCCAGUUCUCCUGGAAAAGACAGAAGAAGAACGGCGGAGAAGCGGAGGAGCUGCCCCCUGCUGAGGGAGAGCAGCUGGAGCUCAGAGAGUCGGGAUACAGCGCCUCCAUUUUAGUGGUUAAUCGGGAUGAUCCCUUCACAUACAUGUACAGCUGUCGUGUCAGACAUCAGGGGGGCACAGUGGAGGCCCAAACACGACAUGAGCUCCUCUCUUAUGUUGUCCAGUCUCAGUGCAGGGUGAAGCUGCUCUGCCUGCUGUACACAGUGCUGAUAGUGAAGAGUCUGGUGUACUGCUGUGGACUCUCUCUGCUGAUGAUCCUCACAAACAAGGGACCGUCCACCAACUGCACACAUGCUGACUGUUUUCUGAUUGGCAUUUUUCACACUCAGAUUUCCCCAAGUGAGCAGGCAGAAAUGUAAAUUAAGUUGUGGCUGGUAAAAUCCAUCCAUCUUCUUCCUCCUAUUUGGGUCUGAGUCGCAGGGGCAGCAGCCUAAGCAGAGAAGCCCAGACUGCCCUCUCUCCAGUAACCUCCUCCAGCUUAUCCGGGGGAACACGAAGGCGUUCCCAGGCCAGCUGAAAGAGAUAAUCUCUCUAACGUAUCCUGGGUCUGCCCCGGGACCACCUCCCGGUGGGACAUGCCUGGUGGUUUGGAGAAAUGUUUAUCAUUUAUACCCUUCUCAAAUAUAACCACCUUAAACUAUAAAAUAGAUAUGCAAAUAUUAAAACAGUCGUUGUUUUAAAGUGUAAAUGUUUCAUAUGGAGUCUUCUUUCUUGUGUAUAAGGUUUUGUUUUUGUUUUUCAGUCAGGUAUGCAAACUAUCAAAACCACAAAGACAGUGAACAUACAUGUGCCAUGAUCAUUAUAGUAAAGAGCUGCUUGGUUUUUUUAGUUUUUUUAAGGAAUGUAUAUUUUUCUUCUUCACUGAUAACACAAGAGGAAAGUUUUUUUUUCUUUACAUGACAUUUGUUGCACCUUGUAUAUAACAAAAAGGUGGCUUAUUCCCUUUUCCACCAAUCCAAAUGCAAAGAUAUAUUCUUUCUCAGUUCUGGGUCCUUGUAUAGUGAAUAUGUGAGAUUUAUUAUUACCAUCACAAACUUGUUUUGUACAGAUUCAGCACAGGUUUAAAAAAAACAUCAUCUAGAGCUUGGAGAAAAUAAUGACAUUUUCAGUGAGCUGAGCCGACCAGCACAUCUGUGUUUGAACCAGUUAUUCAGUUUCGGGUUUCAAACAUUCAAAAUCUUUUCCUCUUUAAAUGUUACAGAAAAAGUAAUGGUGCCUCUUGGUUUCACUCCAGGAUCAUGCAGCUGUGCCAUUCAUGUGGGUUGAUGCUUGAAACCUACCGUAACAGUGUAGCUAUUGUAUGU